AAGAUCACACAGUACCGGCAGGCGGCAGCAAUUGGAGUGUUUACGCCGAGACUUGAAAACGGCAUCAGUAGCAAACGGAGGCGACCACGAGCGACGGGGCCAGCCGCGGUCCCCAACGUCAGAGGAUCUCGUUCCAGCUGCGGCAGGGCGGCCAACACCGGCACCUCAUGGGCGCCGACGACGAAGCCGCCGCCGCCAUGGAGGCGCAAGAGAGGGAGGCGGAGAUCGAGAAGGCCAUGCGCGCCCGCGUCGCAGACUUCAAGAAGCAGGCCGACUCCUUGACUCUUGAAGGCGUUAGGAGAGCACUGGAAAAGGACCUGGAUUUGAAGAUAUAUUCACUUGAUGCACAUAAAAAGUUUAUAAAGCAAUGUGUAGACAAAGUUUUUGCUGAAUCUGCUGAUGAAAAUGCAAAUGAUGAUGCAUUAGAGGAUUCUGAUGCUAAAGAUGAUCAUUUAUCAAAAGAAGGGACAGAUGUUGCUAAACCAAUGCCUGUUUCAAAUAAAAUGUCCUCCAAUGCUGAUGUCGUAACAUCCAGCAAGACAGGAAAGGAUCCUGAAGAAGAAAAGAAUCAAACUUCCAGCAGUGAUAUUAGUGAAGACAUGAUAAAAGAAGCCAUUGAAAAAAGGGCAUCUUAUUUUAGAAAGAACUCUGAUACUCUUACUUUACAAGGAGUUCGGCGUACUUUGGAAGAAGAUCUCAAGCUUCAGAAGAAAGCUUUAGAUGCCUAUAAGAAUUUUAUUACUACAGGAUUAGACAAGAUUUUGCAAGAACCUGCAAAUGGGACAAAGAAAAAAAGUAAAAAUGGAUCUUCCAAGGAUACUGACAAAACAAGUAAAGGCUCUAAAAGAGUCCAUGAAGAAUCAGAUAGCUCUGAAUUAAAUGAUAGAAAGAGUGAUAUGGAUAAUAGCGACGUGGAUUCAAGGCCAAGAAAGAAAAGGGCAGAAAAGGCUAAAGUCACCAAAAAACAGAAAAUAGUUACAAAUGAGAGGAAACUGUCAACUCCAAAGGCUAAAAAGGUUGCAAAACAAGAUUUGGGUAGCAGUACUGAAGAACAGGGUGGCAAUUCAGCAGAAGAGGAUAAUUCUCAUUCAUCCGCUGAGGAAGAUAAUAAGAGAAAACGGCAACAGACUCCAGCUUAUGGGAAACAAGCAGAGCAUCUGAAAUCGAUAAUCAAGUCUUGUGGAAUGACUAUUCCACCUACUGUGUAUCGGAGAGUCAAGCAAGCUGCUGAGAACAAGCGUGAGGCCUGUUUGAUAAAGGAGUUACAGGAUAUACUUGAAAAGGAAGGAUUGUCAAAAAAUCCUUCUGAAAAAGAAAUUAAAGCAGUGAAGAAGAGAAAAGAAAGAGCAAAGGAACUUGAGGGCAUAGACAUGAGUAAUAUUAUUACUAGUUCGCGUCGGAGAAGUACAUCAAGUUUCAUACCCCUGCCACCACCGCCGCAAAUAGAAGUGGAUAGUGAUGAUGAUGAAGACGAUGACGAUGAUGCAGAAGGCAAUGAUGCAGAAGGCGAUGAUGAUGAUGCAGAAGGCGAUGAUGAAGACGAUGCAGAAGGCGAUGAUGAUGAUGCGGAAGGCGAUGAUGCAGAAGACGAUGAUGAAGUUGAUGAGGAGAAUGUCAAAGGUCGAGAUGAAGGUGAUAAUGAUACUGCCGAAGCUGCCAACGGUUCUGCUGAUGAUGCUGAAAAGGAGAACAAUUGAUUCCGGCCCCAGAAUAGGUUCAGCUUCAUGUUGGCUUCGGCAAGUUGGCCUCGUUCGUGGAUGUCUGGAUGUAGCCAGUUGCUCAGGAGUUCUCUUCUGACGUUUAUUUAUGUGUGCGUGAUGGGAACAUUUGUUGGCUUCAGCUUUGGGUGAAACAUGAGGAACAUAUUGUCCUUGUAGUGAUGUGCAAUGUCACAUUCGUCCUCUUAGCAUCUUGUUCGCGAUUGUGUAGAUUACAACAACAGUCGCAAAACAUAUAAGUUAGCAGUAAUCAAGUACUGAUUGGUUUA